GGGGGGCGUGGCUUCCCCAGUGAUGUAAGGGGCGGAGGGGGCGGGGCGCCCGCGGCUGUGUCACCGCUCGCAGGGCGCUGGUGGCCGGGGGUGCCCAGGAUGGCGGCGGAGGGUGGCCGCGUGCAGAUCUCGUUCCCGCAGCACGCGGCGGCGCUGCUGGACUCCCUGAACCGCCUGCGGCUGGAGGGCAAGUUCUGUGACGUGGCCGUGCACGUGGGCGGCCGCGUCUUCCCAGCCCACAAGAGCGUCCUGGCCGCUGCCUCGCCCUUCUUCCACGAUAAGCUGCUGCUGCAGGACGGGGGGCGCCUGCUGCUGCCCCCCGCCAUCGACCCCGAGGCUUUCGAGGGCCUCCUGCACCUCAUCUACUCGGGGCGCCUGACACUGCUGCUGGAGGCCCUGCCCGGCCACCUCCUGGUGGCCAGCGGCUUGCAGAUGUGGCACGUGGUGGACCAGUGCUCCGAGAUCCUGCGGGAGCUGGAGGGGGGCCCAUGCCGCUGGGCCGGGCGAAGUGGCGGCGAGGCGACAGCGUCAUCGUCAUCGAGCGGGCGAGGCGGCGGUGGGGAUGCGGUGCCGUGUGGCGUCCGCGGCGGGGACGGGGCCGUGGCGGCCUCGUGGCCCGCGCGGGGUGGCGAGGGAGCGGCGUGGGCCGACACGGCGGCAGCCUCCUUCCCCAAGGAUGGUGGUGACGAGGUCCUCAAGAUCCGCCUGGCCGCUGACAUGGCCUCAGCAGCGACGUCGUCGCUGGGCUCGCUGCUGAAGGAUGCUGGUGACGAGGUCCUCAAGAUCUGCGUGGAGGAGGACGAGGAGGAAGAGGAGGAGGAGGGCGGAGGCCGCCGGCGCCACCGCCACCACCAUGGCGACAAAGCCCUGCAGAUAGUGCUGGAGGAGGAGGAGGAGGAGGAGGAGGACGGGGCCGUGGUGGCACCUCCCGAAAGCACCCCCAAGGUCUUCUACGUCAAGCAGGAGGCCGGCGACACCGCCGCCAUCGCCACCACCACCGCCAUCGCCACCUCCGCCGCCACCUUCCUACCGGCGGCGGAGGCUCACGGCGACUUCUCCCCGGCGGAGGUCAGCUACAUCAUCCCGUCGAAUAGCGGCGGCGCCGGCAUGGCGUCCGCGUUCCCACAGCCCUCGUGGAAGCCGGUGGACCUGCACGGCAACGAGAUCCUGGCGCAGGCGUCGCACGGGCAGGCGCUGCACGCACCGGUGAAGCUGGGGGCGGCCCCCGACGGGAAGCGCUUCGGGUGCCUGUGCGGGAAGCGCUUCGCCGUCAAGCCCAAGAGGGACCGGCACAUCAUGCUGACCUUCAGCCUGCGGCCCUUCGCCUGCGCCGCCUGCCACAAGCGCUUCAAGCUCAAGCACCACCUGACGGAGCACAUGAAGACCCACGAGGGCGCCGGGCGCGCCUGCGAGCGCUGCGGGCGCCGCUUCCGCCUGCGCAGCGGGCUGGCCAAGCACCGGCCGCUCUGCCAGGGGCCGCGCUGGGGGGGGGGCUGCUGGGCCUGC